GGGCGCUACACACCCUGUCUAUAUAGAGCGGCGGUGCUUUCCUCCAGGACGCUAGGGGGCGCUCAUGUUGCUUGGCGCGCUUUGCCACGAGGAAGACGCCGCAUCAUCAACAUGGCGUCGUGGUUCGUUGAAGUUUGGUGUGUUUCCUGAUGCCCGCUCAUGAUGACCACUGAGCCUGCCAGCGUGGAGAGCCUUUGCGUGCUCUUUCAGAGUGACGACUACAUAGUGGUGGACAAGCACUGGGACAUCCGCAUUGACAGCAAGAUGUGGUAUGAAACACACACGGUCCAAGCUCAACUUCGACAUCGCUUCCCUCACCUGGCGGACCCCAGCACAUUUUAUGGAUUCAGGUUCUGUCACCAGUUAGAUUUCUCCACCAGUGGCGUCCUCUGUGUUGCCCUCAAUAAAGCUGCUGCUGGCCUGGCAUACCGCCGCUUCAAGGAUCGCACUGUCACCAAGGCCUACGUUGCUCUGAUCCGUGGCUGGGUGGAAAAAGAGACACAAACUCUGGACUUUUCCAUUGGCAAGAACACCUCAGAGGGCAAAACACAUAUGAUGUGUAUCGAGGGAACAGACGGUUGUGAGAAUGCCAAAACAUGCCAGACUGAGCUGACCGUGUUAGAGUAUGGCCUUUAUGAUGGAGAUCCUGUCACCAAGGUCCUGCUACAGCCUCUCACAGGCCGAACCCACCAGUUGAGGGUCCACUGCAGCGCCGUAGGACACCCCAUCGUAGGGGACUUCACCUACAGCUCAGGAGCAGACCACGCCCCGUUCCGCAUGAUGCUGCACGCCCACCUCCUCCACAUCCCCCUGGACCCAGAACCCCUGCUUGUGUGUGCGAGAGACCCCUUUCUCCCAUCCGUGGACCUCAGGUGGCUCCCGCAGCGCACUUUACGGCCCCUGAAGGCCACCGUUGACACCCUACUGGAGCACAGGCUGGAGGAGCAGAGACGAGCUAAAGAGCAGGAGAGACAGCGAGAAGCGAGACAGAAGGAGAGGAGGAGAAACCAAAGCAGGAAACAGGAGAGUGAGGAGCAGAGGAGGCAGUGUGAGGAGUGGCUAAAAGAAAGAUCUGGAGAUUAAUUCAGUAUUAUUCAAGAUUAAUUAGUCAUCUUUAUGACAAACUGUAUAGAAAAUGGAUGGAUAUUCAGCAUUUAUAUAUUCUAAUAUUAAUGCAUUUUACUCGUCUAUUUGUUAUUUAUUGUUGUGCACGUUAAAUCCAAAAAGUGAACUUUUUCCAGCACAAUGUGAUGUGCGAUGACAUUUCCAGUCCAGAUAAUUAGCCAAAACACGCUGCCGUCCUGUUUUGCCUGUGCUACUAUUUUAUGAGAAAUACGCGACACUGUGGCGCUGUUAAACCGUAAAGUCUUACCAUAUAAGGUACAUUGACUUGAAAUUUCUCCCACAGUUCAGUUUGCACUUGAGAGUACAAAACCCUCACUGUAAAUGCAUGGGCUUCAGCUGCUCAUUGACCAUUGGUUUAAAGAUUAUGAAUGCAGCUGAGAUAGGCUCCAGCACCCCCCGCGACCCCGAAAGGGACAAGCGGUAGAAAAUGGAUGGACGGAUGGACAUUUACAUGAACGCUAGGAGAGCAUUUGACCACAACCCACAGGGGGCGCUACAAAUUUCAUGUCAUGUUCAGUUGCUUAAUAAAGUAGGACUGCCAAUUG